UAUCGCUCACAAAAACACAUUUAAACCUCUGAUUAAACCCGAACAUUAAAAUUUUCAAACACAGAAAAGAGCUAAGCUCUCUCUCCUUCCCCUGCACACUGAACUAGACUUUGAAGAUUCUAAAUUGCCAUAGCACGAGCACGAUAUUGAAGAUUCUGGAACGAGUUCUUCUCUUUUAACCAAUUCACAGCCUAGUAGCCAAACUGGUGUACAUCUUGGGUCCAAUAUGCAACCUCUAAGAAAUCUGCAGUCUAAUAACCAAACUGAUGAAGAAGUUGCUUCUCGUCUACAACCUGUAAGAAACCCGCACUCUAACAGCCCAACUGGUUCAGAUUCUAUGAGGAAGAGGCUCAAAGAGGCUAGCCCUUUCCGCAACAAUUACCCUCCUAUGUUUCCUCACCAUUCUCCAGCAGUUCUGAAUUUUAAUGGAGUUGGAACUGAUACUAAGCAACAACAGCAGCUAGUGGUAGGCCUGGAAGCUUCUACAAGUAAUAAUUCUAAUGUUCCACUUGAUCUUUCCCCUUCUAAUCCUGGAAGUCUCCCGUCACAAAGCUUGUUGAAUCCUGGUUUUAAUCUUUCCCCAUCACAUCAGUUGUUGCCUAGUUUCAUUUCCCCAAAUCAACCAGGAAUAAGCUCACAGCAAAGGCCGAGGCUUCAGCAAUCUGAUCAUAUGAUUCCCAGCAUGGGAAGGCCUCGUCUUAUUUCCCCAAAUCAACCAGGAAUAAGCUCACAGCAAAGACCGAGGCUUCAGCAAUCUGAUCAUAUGAUUCCCAGUAUUGGAAAUCAGCAGCAGGGAUCUGCAUACCCUCAUUCAGCUGGACAAUGGAAUUCCCUUUCUACGAGUUAUGAACAGCAGCAAGGUGCACCAAACCCAAUGACAAAUUUCUCAUCUGCUUCAUUUCAGUCAUCUCAAGGAGCAAAUGCAGAGCCAUACAUUUGGAAUACUCAAGAGCGUCACGAUCUGGUCAUGAGCGAGGUAGCAACGAAUUCAAACUUUAUAUAUCUUCAUAAAUCAAUUGAUCGCUUACAAGGUGAAUUGAUUGAUUGCAAAAGUCACAUUAGAACAAUGGAGAGAGUAUUAAAUAAUCUGCAGCACUCACAGGGACAAAUGGAUGACUGCAAGAGUUACAUUAAAAGGCUGGAGGAAGAAUUAAAUAAUUUGAAGCAAGCACAGGGAAAGAUUGCAAAUGACAUACGGUGUAUUUCUGCAGGACAAGCAUCAGAAAAGAAUACAUCAGGAAAGUCUAUUCCUUCAGAUGAUACUUUGCCUUCUACUGGUGUAGUUAAUUCUCAUCAACGAGGCAGUAGCACUUCUUCUAACUUUAUCCUCACUAGAGCUUUUCAAGAUGGUAAAAAAAUAGGUGAUUCGAGUAAUAAGAUGCUGGAUGAAUUGAAUCCGCUGGUUCCAAGUGGGAUUGGUCCUGGUUUGAGCUCAAGAAAAAAGAUCAAAGCUGGUGAACAGUCCAAGGGACCGGUUAAUAUGGCUGCAAGGGAAGGUUCGUCUGCUACUGACAUACACAGAAAUAAGCUUACUGCUGAAUUAGGCACAAUAACAGGUGAGAAGGAGAAUGCUAAUACUUCCAUAGGUGGCAACACUGGGGAUUUUCCAGUUUUUGAUCAAAGUUCAGCUGAUGAAGAUCUUGAGGCAUUCUUUAGGUCCAUUUCUUAAUGUUCACCACUUAGAACCUCAAUCUCUUUUGACUGUGCAGCCU